AAAGACACAUCAGUAUAGAUUCCUGCGCCCUUGACUGAAACAUUAGCCUGUUGAUGAGCUGAUAGAGCGACUGAUCUUUGAGCGAGAGAAAACACAAAACACUUGCUUCCUGCUUCCAGGUUUUUUUUAUGUUGAUAUAUUCUCUUGUACUUUCAGGGCAAGUUCUACCUGGAGGACCUCAGUGGCACAGUACAGCUGAAUCUAUCAGUUUCACAGCGGCCUUUACACCGAGUCCUGCUUCGUUCUGGCUGAGGGUGCGUCUCUUUCCCUCUGCCGUCUGAAACUCCUGACCCUGAUCUGGAUCUCUAUAAUCACAUGCUCUGUCUGCGUUCACAGGAUGGUACCCACAGAGCCCUCUUCGUUCACCAGGGCGUAUUAUGGCAAUAUAAACUUCUUUGGUGGGCCGUCCACCACUGCGGUCAAAGCGUCAGCCAAACUCAAGCAGCUGGUGGAGGAGAAUGAAGACGCCAUGUUUGUGAUGGUUUCGGACGUGUGGCUGGACAGUGUGGAGGUCCUGGAGAAGAUCCACACCAUGUUCUCAGGCUACUCUGCCAUGCCGCCCACCUGCUUCAUAUUUUGUGGGAAUUUCUCCUCCGCUCCUUACGGCAGGAACCAGAUCCGAACUCUCAAAGAUUCUUUUAAAGCACUUGCUGAUCUGAUUUGUGAAUUUCCCAGCAUUCACAACAGCAGUCGUUUUGUGUUUGUUCCCGGACCAGAAGACCCCGGGCCCGGCAAUGUCUUACCAAGACCUUCGUUGGCUGAGCACAUCACAGAGGAGUUCAGACAGCGCGUGCCGUUCUCCGUCUUCACCACCAACCCCUGCAGGAUGCAGUACUGCAGUCAAGAGAUGGUGGUGGUUCGAGAAGACCUCGUCAACAAGAUGUGCUGAAACUGUGUUCGACUCCCCAGCAGCAACCUGGAUAUCCCUUCCCAUUUUGUGAAAACCAUCCUGUCACAAGGACACCUGAUGCUGCUCCCGCUCUACGUGUGUCCAGUGUACUGGGCGUAUGAUUACGUUUAUCCUGUGCCUGAUGUCAUUGUCUUCGCUGACAAAUACGACACCUUCAACGUAUCCAACACAGACUGCCUGUGCAUCAACCCAGGUUCUUUUCCAAAAAGUGGAUUCUCCUUUAAAGUUUAUUAUCCGUCCAACAGAACAGUGGAGGACAGCAAAUUACAAGGGCUUUAAACCAGAAGAAACCGUGGAAAAUCAGACAGAUGUGCUUCAUGUUUUUAAUUUUUUUGUUGUUAUUUCCAUUGUAGUCUUUAAAAUGUAGAUUUCUUUUACAUCAAUUUCAUAUGGUUAUUGUUUGAUUUUGAUUAUGUUGAUGCACUUUUAAAGUAAAAUAAAUAUAGGCAAAAUGUG